UCUUUACAACCAAGGGAUCCUCUCCCUGCCGACAUGGAGAUAUUUUACCAGCCAUGCUUAGCUUUAAUUUAUCAAGAUAAACAGCCUACUUCUAAUAAACCGAUUUCAUUUAUUACCAUGGAUGGCUCCUUUCCCUGUUUAAUGCCCAUUUAUGAUAAGAAAGAAUUUUCACAUGAAUAUGUUCUAACUCACGCUCAAUGGACUCUUAUGGGCUCUUACCCUACACUCACCGAAGCCAACAAGUAUCUAAAGACUAUUGAUGAACAAUUUAUAAAUAACGUAGUAAGGCCACAUUGCGAAGAUGAAAUGAAAAGAUUCUACCCCGAAUUUCUAAAACGCUUUAAGUAUUCUGGAUGCAGAGCUGGUAAGACUGUGGUGGUACUACCCAAAUUACGAACCGAAAAAGAAUUUCGCAAUGCUGUUACUUUUCAAGAUAAAAAAUCAGGAAUGAUUUUUGUAUUUCCUGGCAAAAUUAACAAUCUUAAACAUGUAACCGAUGAAACACUGGCUUUAAUGGGGGUUAUUAACGACAACCAAGAAAAUAUUAUUAGUUAUGGGAGCUACCGAUUUGUCCAAGAUGGUAUACUUAAUAAAUGUCAGUUGGAAAUAAGACAGAAACCGAAGAAAAAUGACAAGCGCAAUACUGCAAAUGUACAAACUUAUCAACUUUCAAAAGAGAUAACUGAAAAUACAAUUCUUCCUCCAACUUCUCCAACUUCACCCAACCUUCAAUCAAUUGCAAGUACCUUAAUUACGGAUUGUUGGAUCAAGUGA